AACAAGCUGAUAAAAUAUCUAUUCCAAAUUUAGAACAUAUUAAUAAUAUAUAUAACAAGUACUUUUUAAAACGAUCUAAUGAUGCUAGUCCACAUUUUUAUCUACAAGCUAUUGAUGGAAAUCCUGAAGAUAAACAUGUUGGAAAAAAAAGGCUUGGAACAUAUUUUUGUUACAUCGUAAUUGCAUCUGAAAUUGAUAUAUCUAAUCAUAGAAUAACAAAUCAAAGUGGAUGUUUUCAACAAUAUAAAAGACCUAAAAAUAAUAUUCAAAUAAAUAAACUUGAAGAUCUUUCUAGAAUGAUUAUGCUAGAUGCAAAUUAUAAUAAUUCACAAGAUCAAGUUAAUCCAUUACUUACUAAAAAAGCAAUACUUACAACAUCUACUGCUACUACUAUGCAAGCAACUAGUGCAAUACCAACUUUUCAUACUGCUAAAAAAAUAUUGCAAGAUUCUCAACUUAAUAAUAUCGAAAGUGUUACUUUAUCUACUGAAUCUUCAUAUGAAUCAUUUAAAAAAUUUAAUAAAUUAUUUCAAGGAACUAUCUAUAAUAAUUCUAAUGUUACAUAUUAUAUUCACCACUAUCAUUAUUACAAUACAUCACCUUCUCAAUAUAUUUAA